AUUUAAUACAAACUUUUUAUUUUUAUUUUACUUAAUUGAAACAAAUUUAAGUGAUUAUUUACAGACACUUAUAUACUAUGGCUUAUAAUAGCAUUUUUGGCGCAAAAUUUUGGUCCAUUUUCAUAUGAAUGCAAUGCUAAGGAAUACAUUAAAAAUGUAUAGCAAUAAAAAGCGCCGAUUUAUCGACGGCGGUAGUGGUUGUGGCCAACUACAAAACGGCCACAACUAUCGGGCAACCAGUGGUGGUAGUAGUGGUGGCAGUGGUGGUCACACUAUUUGCGAGUCGGUAAUGAAUCUGACCGAUGCUGUUAUUGCCAACUUUUCGUCACUGUAUUUGUCGACAAAGUUUUCCGAUGUUACCAUCAAAGUAGACACCGAAUCGAUUGCCGGCCAUAAGUCGGUACUCGGCUCGCAAUCAGAUUUUUUUGAACGACUAUUUGAGUCGGAAAUGUUAGAGUCGAGUCAACGUGAGAUUGAACUGAAAGAAACUGAUCCGGAAGUGUUUAAAAUGCUUUUGAAGCUCGCGUACUGCGGCCGACUUGAUCUGCACGAGUUGGCCGACCAGUCGGACAUUAUUCGAGUUUUCGGUCUUAUCCAACGAUACCAAUUCGCCCGAUUCGAGGAACCGUUUUUAGCCAAAAUCAAGUCCUAUAUCUCUCCGGACAACGUGUGGCUACUGUUGGAGUCAUCGCUGGCCGAAUGUCUAGUCGAUUGUCAACAACUGUGUCUCGACUAUUUGGAUACAGUAAUCAGUACUGACUUGUUGUCCACCAGUACUGCCGACUAUUUUAUCGACAUCAGUGUCCAAACGUUGAAAACAUUUUUGAUCCGCGAUUCGCUUCGUCUUCAAGAAAUCGAUCUCUUUUUGCUAACCAAAGACUAUGUUGACAAUAAUCUUCAUCGACUCGAUGAGUCUGAGCGUCAAGAGCUGAUCCAAUGUGUUAGGCUAUCGCUAAUCAAAUACGAAGAUCUGUUGAAUGUUGUACUCAACAGUGGUUUAGUGCCGGAGAAGCAAAUUAUGGAUAUACUGAAAGAUAAGGCAGUGGUCGAUACGUGGGAUAAAACAAACAGUUUGGUAGCGAUUCGCAACCGAGGACUGUACGCACCGAACACCGAACUCUGUAGGGAUCAGUUUCGGUUCGAUAUAGUGUCCGGUUCGGUGGGCAGUAGUAUGGAUUUGAUGUCACCGAUGGACAUCGAAAGUUUCGAUGAAUUGGACGGCAACAACAACAGCAGCAACAAUAAUGUUAACGAUUGGCCAUUUGUGUUGCGUUUCGGGUGUCCGCUGAACGUUAACUAUGUUGAAAUAAAAUUAUCCGAUAAACGUGGCGACCGUUUCUCCUAUAGACUCGAAUACUCGCCCGACGGUGUCGUAUGGAAACCGUUGGUCGACUUUACCAAAUACACGACCGCUAACUACCAGAGACUGUUCUUUCAGCCGUUUACUGUCCAAAUGUUUCGCAUGUCUGGCACUCAUCAGUUUCGUAUGGAUGCGACCACCAAAGUGGCCAUUCAGUCGAUCCAGUCGUUCAGCUGUUGCUAUAAUCGAAAACAGUAUUCCAUCGAACGUAUCGACGGCUUUAUUACCACUCCGUAUUGGAUCCGCAGUUCAGUUCAACAACGUGUAUAUCACGACUCGAAUAAGGAUAUCGCUGUCGGUGGUGGUGGUGGUAAUGCUGGUGCUGAUGGUGGUGAUGCCGAUCAUAAUAAUCAACAUCAUCUUCACCAUACUAUUAAAUACUAUUCGCGACAAAUAUCAUCGAGUAAGCCGAUUCUUGUAGCACUGGAUCAGCCGGUAAUGAUCGACUCGUUUCAGUUUUAUCUAUGGGAUGACGACGGCCGUGGCUAUAGCUAUGUAGUCGAUGUCAAGUCGGGUGACAACGAGUGGACCGUUUUGAGUGACCGGUCACUAGAUGUUUGUCGUGCACUGCAGACAAUUAAGUUUAGCCGCCGGCCGAUUAGUUUGGUUCGGGUUAGGCCUACGAAAAUACAUAAUGUCGAGUGCAAUGAGUUUCGAGUGAAAAAGUUUAUAUUUCCCAAAGAAUAAUAAUUAUCAUAAAUAUAUUAUAAAUAUUUGUUAUAU